AAAAUUUUCUCUUUUUCCCUUUUCUUAUUUUCUUUUUUAUCAAGUGUGAUCGACUAUAAAAUGGGUGCCUUUCCAAGCUCAGAGUAUAAUCCAUACGACUAUUAUUACCGACAAAACUAUGGAUACAGUAACGGAUAUGAUUAUUAUCACAGGUAUUACAAUCCAUACUAUCCAGCUGUUUCUUCUUCUUCAUCUAUGGCUAAUAACUAUUAUCAAUAUUAUCCUUACGGAGCACCAACUAGCUACAACUAUGGUACACCAGCUUAUUAUGGUACACCUUAUUCUACCAACAUGUACGGAACAUCAUACCCCUAUGGCUAUGGAAGUUAUUAUCCUACUAGUUAUCCUCAGCGAACAUACUUUUAAAUAUAAUUCACAAUUUAUAUACCACUUUCCUCAUGUUAUGCUUAAAAAUAUAGUAUAUAUUACUGAAUAUUUCAUGACAUAGGGAAGAUGAUGAUGUGUACAAAUAUAAUACAUAUGUAUGACACACACAUCUGUUGACUCUUUCCCUUUAACGAAUGCAUAAUGCUUUUCCUAUUUUAUUUUUAUUAUCUCACGAAUAUGAUCUUUGCGUUUUUUUAUUAUGAAUAUUUAAAACUAAUUCUUUUGUUAGUAUUCUUCAUGUUAACACAUACACACAACUUGAUCAUGUCGUCACAAAGACUCGUUAUUGGCUUAUGUCAUUAUGUCUAGAAUUUCCCAACAAAAUGUCCUCUACUCUCCCUCUCUCUGAGCCAUGCCUUAUUUUCCACAAGUUCACAGUAAAAAUACUUGGGAGUAGAAGUUAUUCAAAACUGUGGCUAUUGAAAAGGGCUGGCCUAAAAUUAAAAAGCAUGUCAGAAGAAACCCAUUCACCUUCUUUAGACACUUUGACAUCUCAAACUUAAGCUGCUUAUUAAAUAAUGAAGA